GCCUGUCACCCUCGCGAAGAUGACCAUUCUCCACAAACACCAUGCGAACACCUGACAGACGAUAAACAAGUAUUUGGACGGAUUGUUUCCCUAAAAAAUACGUGAUUAUUCGUUGGCUGAGGCUCGCUAACAUCCCCGCUGUCCUUAUGCUAUACACGGCAUGGCGGAGAGACAGGACAACGAGGUGGAGGAGGCUGACCGAAUCUACCUGCUGAUGAAGGAGGAGUAUCGGAUCUCUAGGAAUGUGCGUCUGGCGUGGUUCCUUGGUAAACUUAACCAAGUCAUCUGGCCCGCAUCAAAGCCUGAAGUACUCAACUCAGAGAACGAAUUGGACUUGCUGAGCAUUUUACCCAAAGGAUGGCAGACGGAUUUCUCCCCGACCGUGUACCCCUAUAUGUUGGUGCCUUCCACCCGAGCCACCUUCCUUGCCCGGAGGUACCGCUUCAUCAUCGAGCUGGACCUCAGCCCCUCCACAGGGAUCGUGGAUGACAGCACAGGAGAGAUGAUCUUCGACGAGGUGUUCAAUGCCCUGUCCAGGUGUCUGGCCGGUCUGGCUCAGCCCUUCAAAGUGCCUGGAACUGAUCAGCCGUUCAAGCCCAAGAUCUUUGUCACCAUCUUGGCGUAUUCGUCCAUCAUUGGCCUCACUUCCCAUCAGGUUCUGGUUCAGGGCUGUCAGCUUGAUAAAACAGACCUGGUGGAGUUUCGGCUUCACAUCUACCAGCAGCUCAGAGCAGUGGAGAGCAACAUCGCCGAAGUCCUACAUCAGCAGCACGAACAGUCUUUGGAGGUAGUUCAAAGCUCCAGUGGCCAAAGCGACAUCCUGUUUGAGCAGCCUCACAGGAGACAGAGCAUUUCCAUGGUAUCUGCUGAUAUGGGACUGGUCAGCAUGGUGCGCCAGGGCAUCCUGGCUCUUCAGCUGCUGCCUCCAAACUCCAGCGCAGGUAUUAUUAUAAUCACAGAUGGGGUGACGAGUGUUCCUGAUGUGGCUGUAUGUGAAACUCUUCUGAACCAACUCAGGAGUGGAACCAUUGCUUGCUCCUUUGUGCAGGUCGGAGGUGCGUACUCCUACGAUUGCAGCUUCGGCUACAUCCCCAAUGUUGAGCUGAUGAAGUUCAUAUCAUUAGCCACCUUUGGCUCAUACUUGCCCAGCUGUCCUGAAGUGGAUCUGAAAAGCCAGGAUAUGAACACCUACCACAAGGCCUUCUUAACCUACUCCUUCCUUAAUACCUCAGUGUCCAUGAACUCCGAGAUCUUCUGUGUUUCCCAGCACAAACUGUUCAAUGAGCACCUGGUGUCAGCCAGCGGUAACCCAGCCCUGGUCAUGAGGAGGAAGAAGCACACAGAGAAGGAGGUCCAUGCUCAUUUAAUCAGCGUGGUGUCUGUCCGACUGAGAGAGGGCUACACCAUCAGAGAGAUCACCCUCACUAAAGGUGGGACUCAGCUGGAAGUAAAGCUGGUGCUGUUAUGGAAACACAACAUGCACAUUGAGUACCUUGCUGCCGCCUCCUGGCCGCUGGACCCCGCCAAGAGAACCACCAGGGUGGAGGUGACGAUGGAGGGGAGCUAUGACAUCCUGCAUGACAUCAGCUGCACCCAGAGGAAACCCAUCACCAGCCCGUACCGCACAUCUGUCAUCCGGCGCUUCUGGAAUACACUGCAGAGCAUCAACCAGACUGAUCAGAUGUUGGUGCACCUCCAAUCGUUUAAUUCAAUACCUGAGAACUACAUGAUUCCGGAGAGCACCAAAAACGGAGUUCCCCUGUUCUACAUCCCCCCUGGCUCCACCACUCCGGUCCUGUCCUUGCAGCACAGUGGAUCCAAAGACUCCUCUCAGUCCCAGUUUGCCUCCUACUGGAAGCCAAUCCUCUCCAUGGAUGCCAACUUCUGGCAGAGAUGGCUGCACAUGCAUCGCAUUGCCAUCCUCCUCGAACAUGACAUGCCUGUCCCCAAACACCUGCACACAGCUGGAAAUAAUGGGCGUUACAGCACCAUCCAAUGUCGUAUCUCCCACUCUGCCCUCACAUCCCUGCUGAGGGACUGGAGCAGCUUUGUGCUGGUGGAGGGUUACUCGUAUGUCAAACUCAUAUACAGUGCGUCGGACCAGCCUCCCACGUCUUUCUACCUGGUUCGCCUCAUCUCCAAGACGCCCUGUAUGGUCCUGCGUCUGGGCUUCCCUAUCGGUACACCCGCUCAUGUCAGAAACAAGAUUGUUGACGAGCUGCGAGAUCAGAUCCUCAAACUUCGCUUCCCUCAUCGCGUUCAGAACAAAGAGGCGACCCCCAAGACCAAGAGGAAGAUUGUUGGUAAUCCGUCGCCGUCCAAGUCUCCUUCCCUCCCUGCUGCCAAACCGGCGCUGUCAGACAGGCCUUGCGUGGUGGUGCUCAACAAGCCUCUGGAGAAGCUUCUCAUAAGGUAUGAGAAGCUGCCGCUGGAUUUUAGGACUCCUUUCAUUUUCAACAUGGAGAACUUCCCUCAGCCCUCCAACAGCUCCAUGCCCCUUAGCGUGGCGGCCAACCGGAUGGCCUCCUCCAAUCUGGCCUCUCUGUCCCGGUACUUCCUGCACCAGCGCUGGGUGUUUGCCGUACAAAGCAGCCAUGGACCGGCUGUGGCCAUGCAGGCGGUGGCUCACAUCCUGUCCAUGCUCUCUGAGAUCCGCAUAUCAGAAGGCUUUCACUUUGCUUCCAGCGGAGAGGGCAUCGUUAACAUGGUGAUUGAGCUGCCAAUGAAGAGCGUGUCUGGGGAAACGGACAGAGAGAGCCACUCUUGUAUUGUUCAGUACAUCCUGUUUCCACCUCACUCAACAUCUACUAAGGACAGCUUCUCAACUGACGACGACAACGACACCGAGGUUGAGGCCGUAGACGUAGAUGCGGAGCUCAACCUUGUGACCGAGUGCUGGGUGGAGCCGCAGAGUGGCAUGGUGAAGAACUGCACGGACCACCAUCUCCACUUCCAGGGCCUCAAGUACCAGGACAUCCCACAGGCCAUCUUCCCGAGGGACCUGGCCUGCAUGUCCACCAUGAUGACCUUUGAGCAUUUGAGCCAACUGUGUCAGAAUAAGGACCAGGUGUGCUCCUUGCCAGCUGGACUCAAGGAUUUGAGAGGAGAAGCCUUUGCGUCUGAGGACAGCAUCCACAUGGUUCCCUUCCAGUUUGACCUCAUUCAGCUGCUCCCAAAGUGCCAGCAGGUUGAGAUCUUCUUCCUCUCAUUUGGCACAGCAGUGGAGCAUGAGCAGCAGCCUCACAGUUCUCCCUGUCUGCCCAACGAGCUCCUGCUGAGUCUCUUCCACAGCAGCCUGGAGCAGGAGCUCACCGACCGGGAGGUCCCAUUGACCGACGGUGACCACGCCGCCUUCAUGCACCACAUCUUAGAACGGGAGCGAGACGAGCAUGUCGCUCCCUUCUUCUUACCUGUUAUUAAAGAGGAGUGUGUGAAGCCUCCAGACAGGCAGGACACUAUGACGUCAUUCCACACCACUGGCAGCAGCAAAGAGGUGAUGGGGUCUACCAGCACUCUGCAGAGCUUCAGUAAUGCCGACCUCGUGGAUGAGGAGCUCUCGCCGGGGGAGAGGAGCUGCUCCACUCCACAGUGGAGGUGCUAUGCAAAGUACAUCAGCUCUCAGCAGAUCAUCCUCACUUUCCUCCCUGCUUCCCUCACAGACGUUCUGAUGCUGAUGGCGUCGAGGCUGGAGGUGAAGCCUCAGAGCAACGCCAGCGUGCGAGGGGACGAUACUCUGACUCCCUGCAACAAGUCCCAGGCUGACUCCCUGUCUGGCUCCACCAACGACCAGGGUGGACUCGCUGACUCCCUGAUACCAGGCUGGGACAGCAGGGUGUCGGAGACCGAGACUGGGACUCCCGGCUCAGAUGUGGGAGAAAAGGAUGGAGUCCAGUUCUCUGAACCACAGAAGUCAGAUUUACACAUCAACUUCAGCAGGCCAGUGUCCCAGCACAGCACCAGUGAAGGCAGCCAGUUAAGGUGUCCGGUCUACGUCUACAAUUGCUCCCUGGAGAACCUGAAGGAGCAGCUGGUUCACCCCAACUCGAACCGCCAGCCCAGAGACGUCUUCUUCAGAGCUCAAGAUGCUGAGUCGUGGGAGAUGUGUCAGCAGAUGAAGUUCAGGUCGCUGUCCCAGGACCGCAGCAGUCCGUCCCCUUGGAGCGAUCUGCUGGCUCAGCCCCACAAACACAAAGAGCUUGCCAACUACUGCAGCCUACUGCAAGAACACUACCACCAGAGCUACGUCAGGGGUGUGUACCGCAGCCUGCAGCAGUCCUACAGCAUCAGCUCACAGGACGUCCUGAUGGCCAUGGACUACUGCGAGGAGUCCCUGCAGGAGAUGGACGUCUCCUCCUUCCUGCAGACCGUCUGUGGACACACCAGGGUGUUCAGGGAGCACUGCGGCAAUGCAAAGCCUAUGAGGAGCCCCGCCAGCUUCAUCGUUGGAGGGGUGGAGGAGGAGCAACCAGAUGACAGGGCCACUUUGGCCUCCUCGUCCAGCAUUGACAUGGAGGAUGUCAGUGAACCUGAGUUCAGAGGGAAGUCCUCGGCUCCCACUUCUCCCCUGAUCCUGGAAGAGUCUAAGACGGCCUUGGUCCCAGAGUUCCCUCUGCUGCUGCUUCAAACACAACCCAAGUGUGAAGUGUACCCAGAUCUGCAUGGCAUCAUACAGGAUAAAUUCAUGGGGAUCAUGUCCCAGUAUUUCAAAACUGUGCCCUCCAACCCACACUACUUCUUCUACUGCCCACCUUCAUGCAAGAGAGAGGAGGACUCUGAGGACGGGGAGAGGAGGCCCAGUGAGGAGCUGCUGUCCGAGGCUGAGCCGGCUACUGAGGAUGAAAACCUGUCCGGCUCCUGCAUCAUGACGGAGAGCGACACCGAUUUGGUGGUUGAGUACGAGGAGAAUGCGGGUACCGAGAGCCAGGGGGAGGACGACCAGUCCCUGUCGGACUCCAACACGGUCAACCAGGACCAGGACUCCUUCAGCAUCCUGGAAGGGGACUGCCUGCUGGACCCCGAGGGGCCGGGACUGGACAUGCCGCCGCUGUUUGUUCACAUCACCUGCUCCGUGAACAUGAAAAGCUGCCACGGCUCCAUGCCCAUACAGACGCUCCCUACCUGCCUCGGUGAGGUCAUUUCCUGCCUGGAGAAUGCUGAGUCCCUGCAGUCUGUGGAUCUGAAUGAGCUCUUAGUAACACUGGAUAUUUUUGUCCUGACUCUGCCUCUGGAGAUUGAGGACAUGGCUGAUUUUCAUCAUAACCGGUACACCUCAGAGAGUAGUAUGUCCCUGAAUCGUUCACCAGGACAGCCCUCCUCCUAUCGCUCCGAUGAUGAGCUGAUGGCGGUGUUGGACGGUUUGAGGGGAGCCGGUGCUGACGGGGUGUCCACUGAUCCCUUAUCCAAACUCCCUCUUCCUCAUAAGUUAGGAAUUCUGGCCACAAUGGACGAGAUCCGCUGGCUUCUGGAGGACGAGAUCGUGUCUGCUCUGCGCCACUCUCGGGUCAUCAGCUCAGCCACGCUGCAGAAAGUGGCCGAGCACGUUUUGCAUUCCAGCGGGCGACCGCACUGUCUUUGUGAAGAUGUCCCGCUUCAGUUCGUCUUCGGGCCAGAGCAGUCUCUGGAGAAAUUCAGAGAGGAGUUCCGCCGGAUUUCUUUCUCAGGCUACGUGCUGAACAGAGAGCAAGACAGCUUCUACUACAUGUCUCUGAGCAGACAGCAUCCCCACAGGAUCCACACUUCCAAGAGGCUGUCUGAGGGCACCACAGACCCCCAGCAGCGCAGCCCCACAGCACCGAGGGACGACACGUUGCUGGGGAGUGAAGCCGAGGCUCAGGCAGACAGCGAGAGUGAAGACAGGAAGUCCCUCAGCGCUGCUGCUGACCCUCCCAGUGUGCCUGCAGCAGAGGCCUUGAAGCCCGAGGCAGAUCACGCGGAGUCUCAGAGCUCGCCGAUCAUGUCAGGGGACCGAGGUCACCCCUGUGCCCCCCAGCUGCACACAGAUCCUACUUUGCCCCCCAAAACGCCGUCCAGUGUCAGCCUGGCUGAGUCCAUGCAGUCGGCCUCUCACAGCUGUGGUAAACUCAGGCCUAGCCGUGUCCAGAGCUUGGUCUCCAGCCAGGGCAGCCUGGACUCAGACAUGCAGGGUUAUGAUGGCGGAAGCAGCGACUCUGAGUGUGAGAGCCCCACCCAGGAUGAACAGGAGUGUCAGUCGCCUCUGAUGCCCGACUUCUGGCUCAUAGUUAAGAUCCACCAGGACAGAGUGAAGGUCUACUCGCAUUCCAGGUGUUUCACAGCAGGCAAAGAUAUUGGUGCUGAGGAUCCGGAGAAGGAGGAGGAGCUGCCUGAACACUUCCACCUGCAUCAGAUGGUUGUCAGGAGAAUCGGAGAAAUCUGCAGAAUAGUCAACCAGCGCAUGCUGCUGCAGGAUCUACACGAUAGCCACGUGUGUAACUCUCUGCUGGUGGCUGAGAGCGAGGAGGACAUCUGGAAGAAUGAGUCUCUGUACAAGCCGCGGCUAAACACCUCCGACGACUACAGCUCGGAGGAGAGCUACCAGGCCAGAGACUACCUGGCUGCCACCAUGCAGUUCAUCCCUGGACAUUUUGCCUGCGACGUGAUGUGGAGCACAAUCAUCCACAUCCACCCCCGCCUGAAGAUGGGACCCAAUAUGGGAGUGUCAAGGGCGAUGCCGGCCCUGCGUUCCGUGCUCAACUCCUUCUGUGUGGUCAACAGGAAAAACAUGUUUGUCUACCAGGAGCGCACAACAAAAGCAGUCUACUACCUCAGACUUUGUGAAACAUCUCUAACAGAGAAAUACUCAGACGUGGAUGGUAACCCCCACAUGACUCGCUCUAUUGGGCUCGCUAGGAGUCAAGAGCCCUCUUUUUCUGAGGAACCUGUGGGCUCCCGUUCUUCCCUGGAUGGCUCUCGGCCAGUUGGACAAGUAGACAAACACAUCCUGCUGCUGGUGCAUGGAGUGGGAAACGCAGGUCCAGAGAUCACAGACGAGCUGGUGAAAGUGCUGCGGAAGCGCCUGGAUGAGACCACUUUGGACAUCAUCACUGUCAUGCUGGUCAGGAACUGCAAGCUGACGCCGGCCGACGUAGAGUUCAUCCAGCCUUCAGGAUCUCCCGCCACUGAGGUGAUGACCUUCAGCCUUCCCCGGUACUGCAUCCCCUGGCUUCCUGCUGUGGCUCACUACCUCCGGCAGAACCUUCUCAUCUUCCUGCAUGUACCCAAGUACACAGACAGCAACACGGCACACCACUUCAAGCACUACUUUCAUUUGAGCGGUUACUUAGCUGACGGUGAUAUCUACCUCUACAAUAAACCUGGAGGCCAGGGGACAGGAGGCAAAGGUAUCGCCUGCAUCGCCCUGUCAUUCGUGGAUGUCCAUGGUCGUCCCUUUCAGCUUCCGGUCCACGACUGUGCUUCAGAGAACUGCGCCACCUCCCUUCGACCAGACCAUUUUGAUGAACUAACCAGUGUGGGCAAAGUGGAGUCCAUGGACAUCAGCUCCGGUACAGAUCCACGGUUGUAUGUGCAGUUUGACAUUUGGGAGCAAGGAAAUAUCAGCCCCCUGCAGCUAAGCGAUAAACUGCAGGGGGCGCUGCGCCACGCUCUCUGCGAUGUCGUCAUGGAGCUCAGAGUCCUGCCGUGCCCUCUCUGCGUGGGGGCACUCUACACGGCGAGCAAAGCCCAGAGAGAAGAGGGCAAAGGUCUGGCGACUCCUCUUCCGGUGAAGGAAGUGAAGGACAGCCCCAGGCAGCGCAGCGGCUCGCGGGUCUUAAAGUCCAGCCCCUCUCCCAUCACCCUAACCCCAGCUGUAGGGAGCGUUCCCGUGACGGGGAUCAGCACCCCAGAGUCCACCACGCCCACCAGCAAGAGCACCCGCCGCAGCUUCUGGGACAUAUUGAGUAAGCCAGAUUCCUCAGAGCUCGGAAGCCCAAAGACUACUGACGACAUAGUGCAGGAAAAGGGAGAGGAGGGCCGCGUGACACGGCGGAGACACAAGACAGAGAGUGUGAAGCAGCAGUGGAGUCAAGACAAAGCCAUGACUGUGGAGCUGGAGCAGGCCCAGAGGAGGCAGGUGUCUCAGCUGGAGGAGGGAGACGCAGGAACUCUGCACCCUGUCUACCAGCUCACUUCCCAGCCCUGGAUCACUUUCAUGGCUAACCUAGGCUGCCCCUCCAUUCAGCAGUGUACGGCAGAAAUGGCUUCACAUUUCCUGCUGCCCUCCAUCUUGGUAGAGAUUGUUGGUCUAGUCAACUCUCUGGCCUGCGACACAACCGUGAAGGUCUUUGAAAAGACUGACUGCCCCACAUCUGGAGACAUGUUUGUUCCAUUCCCUCUCGCCCACAACCUCAGCCAGCCUCCAGACGCCACCAGGAGCUUCAUUCUCAUUGGCCGCAACUUCCAUCAGUGGCACUGCAGCACAGAGCAAGGAGAGAGUUCAGAAGAGGAAAACACCCCAGGGCUAAAUAGGUUCACACCUCAUAAGGGCUUCCAGCGUUUCGAGGCUCUGGAGCAGAGCGACUGCUUGAGCUCGAGCCAGGCCGGGGAGGGACACGCUCCCCGCCAGAGGUUCCUCCUCAUCAGCAUCCUGAACAGAAAGGUCACCCUGUAUAGCUACAACUGGUCUGUGGACCUGGGCGCCUCUCUGAAUCGGGAGCUGGUCCGCCUGGUCAAGUGGCAGAAUGCGAGGGCUCACGUUGUCCACUGCCUGCUCAACCAGAAGAUGGGGCUCUUCCACCACUACUGCUUCUCUGACGCGCCCGCUCACGAAAUGGACUCCAAGCAGGAUCCCAACCCAUUCCUGAGCCCCUCCAUAGAGCCGGAUGCAUUGCUUCGCAGUGCAGUCCCUCCCCUGCCCAGUAAAGAGCAGGGCAGACUGCUUAGUUCUGGCCGAACUCCGCUCCACUUCCCCUCCGAGCUGCUGCCCUUUGACGAGGCCCUGAGGGACGUGUGCACCAUCCGGCCCUUGAUGGAGGGGGACGUGGUGGCCCGACAUGGCAGCCAGCUCUUGGAGAUUAAAGUUGCUGAACGGAGAGAACUGGAGAAACAGAUGAAGAUAGAGAACCUGUUUGUGACGUGGCAGCAGAGGUCGGCUCAGUCCAACAUGCCCAUUUCAGGCGCAGAUUUGGAGACCCUGAAGCAGUCGUCCAGGCUAGUCCACUACUGUGCCACCCCUCUCCUCUUUGACCCCAUCUUCCGCAAGCAGAUCCAAGAGGAGCAGAUCGUUCAGCCUUCAUUGAAGAAACGCCAUCGCUCCAGUGACUCCACGGCGUCCGGUCGAGAUCGCAGCUACAGCAGCGACUCUGCUGACACGCUGCCCAGCCGCCUAAAAGAAGAGCCGUGGCUGCUGGACAUUUCUAGCACCUUCCUCCAGCAGUACGUUCAGUACCUGCAGAGCAUGGGCUUCAUCCUGGUGCAGGUCCGGCCUCAGUCUCCAGCUCGUAGCAUCGCCCGGGCUCGUGCUGCCAUGCUGAGCUCGAUGUCAUCGGAAGGGAGGAUGUCUUUUUCUUAUGUAAAGCAGAAGAGCGAGGACAGCCCUAAGAUUGCAGCAUCGGGCGCCACUGCGUACCACCUCCAAAGGGCGCUGCCAGGGGGCAUCGUGUUGAUGGAACUGGCUUUUAAGGGGUGUUACUUCUGUGUGAAGCAGUAUGCACUGGAGUGUUCCCGAAUUCCCAUGGGCCAGACCGUCAACUCCCAGGGCAGCCUCCUCACCAAACCUCGUUGCAAGCCGUUUCCAGAUGCCACCCCAGUAUCUGACUGUGCGCUCUCCAUGCUCUUCACGGAGGAGUGCGAUAAGGUGCGGGACCUAAUGCACGUCCACUCCUUCAGCUACGAUUUCCACCUGCGAGUGGUCCACCAAUACCUGGUAGGCUGCCACAUGACGCUGCGCCAGGGCUACCAACUCACCGACUUCCUGGACGACUUCAUCUCCCAUCACCCAGACAUUCCCAAGUUUGGCCGCAAUCACGUCUUCCAAGGAAGCUUCUCCAUCUCCACGGGGAUGAUAACAGCUCAUCAGCUCUACAACUACAUCACUGACCACGCCAGCACCUACGGCAUGAAGCCACUCCGCAUGUCCAAGGCUGUCGUCGCCACUGACAACAAGAAAGGGCCGCCUGACCUGCACGAGUAUGCACUAGUGGCUCUAUGGAACAGUUCGGGUUCAUACAAGGACCUGGAGGGCCUGCACCACCACGACGACUUUGACGUGUCCCUGGUGGUGUGCCACAAUGCUGCUCCCUUUGAGGAACAGUCAGAUGGAGAGAGGCAUCUGUUGAGGUUGCGGUUCUAUGUGAUCAUGACCAGUCAGCGGGAGCUCUUCCCCCGCCUCACGGCUGACAUGCGACGUUUCAAGAAGCUUUCUCAGAUCCACCGUGAUCCCGGUGAGCUGAGUGGCCGGCUCCCCCCCGAUCGGGCCGAAGCCUGCGGGGGGCGCGGCACCGAGCAGGACCUGUGGGAGGAGACGUCGCCCGAAGCGGCGGCCUCCUUGGCCCCGAGCGACGGCAAUGAGUUUUACCCUCUGGCGGAGGGCAGACAAGAGACCCAGGAGCUGCUCUACCCCUCCCCCCUGUUCCCACUGCUCAACAACGAGGUGGUGUUGGCCCGCAGACAGAUCCAGGCCAGCGUGGAGCAGGCCAUGGGCCAUUGCCGCAGGGACAACCUGUGGAGGAGGCUGUUCCACGGCGAGCACCUGGAUAAACUGAAGCUGACGAAGCUGUCCUUCAGCGAGCUGGAGGAGCUGCUGGAGGCUGUGCAGAGCCGCUCGGUGGGGGAGAUCGACCCCCAACUGGACUGUUUCCUGACCAUGAGCCCAGCCUGGUACCAGAGCCUGAUCAAAGUGCUGCUCAGCCGCUUCCCUCAGAGCUGCAGACACUUUGACGACAACGGCAUUCAGUACCUGGCUGUUCUGAACCAGAAGUUUACGGACUGCUUUGUUUUGGUCUUUCUGGACGCGCAGGCUGGAAAAACAAGCCUAAAGGUCGUGUUCCGGGAGCCGCUGCCGUCGCCGCAGCCGGCCGGCAGCAGCCCCCCCCCUCAGCUUGUUUCCAUGUACCACCACCUUGAAUCAGUCAUCAACACUGCAUGCUACAACCUCUGGACAGGACUGCUGUAGAGCAAUCCAGAGCUGGACUCACUUCCACAGGGUCUGGACCGGUGUAAUGAAACAGGAAGCAGCCAUUUUUGGACAAAGGUCAUUUGGGGCCCAGUAUGUUCUCCCAUCACUUCCAUCUGGCUACCAAGUAGCAGGAUUAAAAGGAGCAUCAGGCAGUACACAGGUGUUACCGUGGUUAUGUCAGUAGCAACAUAACAAGCCAGACCUUGGAUCAGAGAAAAUCUGAUUCAAACAAAAGGAUCCCAACUCGUGUGUAUAAAGCUCCAAUUAGCUUAUUCAGUAUCGGACUGAACCCUUUGGUAUCCUCAUUCCGGUGUGUGAGGAACUCCCCGUAUGUACUGUGUUUUUGCAGUGAAAUGAACGCUAGGGGUCCACAAGAUGGAACUAAAUUCAUGAAGGAGGUGUCAGUAUAUGUUUGCUUGGAUUUGAUUUGAUGUAAUCUGGCCAAAGAGCAUCUCCCUGUGUGCAUAUGAAGGACUCACCGUAAGCUAGGGGGAUAACCAAGGAACUUCUUAAACUUCAGAAAGAAAUGGAUUCACAUUUGUAAAAUAGACUAAAUCAAAACCCUUGAGUAGAAUUAGCAGAGCUGCUUCAUAAAGUUUGGUCAAGUUAACUAACACUACGCUUUCUAAUUAGACUAGAUACCCUCACACUGACCAUUAGCACACAAUCCACAUAGGCUUAGGUCCAUUGAUGGUCCCGUUCUGUCAGAAAUCGUCCCCCAAUCAGGGUUAAGAUUGGGUUUAAUCUUAAGAAAGCUAAGGCCACAGAGUGAAUUAAAGAAACAAUUAUUUUUAACCACUUUCAAGAAUUGAGAUGCAUCGUGCUUGUAGCAAGGAAUCGGGGCAGCACAUGAAAAUGUUACAAACUUCACUCAUUGUCUGGAUCAUGUGCCUUCUAAAAUCUCUCCAGCUCCUCAUGCCACAGCAGUAUUUCAUGCGAAUCAGAUGUCAGAGUGGAAGCGGCUUUGAUGUUCCACAAUCAAAAGUGUCAAACCCCCUCCCCCACUUAAAUGCCGCUGCCAUAUCUGGUGCCCUGAAGUGCCUUCCUCUUCUUUCUUUUAGCUCUGCAUAGAGGAUAUCUAUGAACACUCUCCUGUUGUUCAACGGGGAAAGUGCCUGAGUCGGUUUGCAGAAACGUGACAAAUGUUCAUAUUAACUUUGCUGAUCUACAUAAUUGCGUGCCACAUGUCAUCAGGGCCGAGUGCUUCCAAAGCCCAUGCAUGGGGGUGAGUUUAAGGCGGGGCUGGCUGGUAAUCACACCUCAUUUACAAGAGGGCACAAAGCCAGCCUGAUGGAGGAGUGUAAACACAAAGGCUUGGUUUGCAAAGUCCUCACAUUAUCAAUGAUGUUGGAUUCUACACAGGAAAACAAAUGUUUAAUCUCUGUUGUGGACGAGAAAUGUGAACAUGAGACUUUCGUCCGAAUGGUAAAAAUUGGAUAAUUCUCAGGCAAACUGAACAGUAAUGAGGUAUCCCCCCCACUGUCUGACUGUAUAAUGUAUAAUAUGUACAUACAGGAUGUGAAAUGAUGAAUAAAGCAGGAGGAGCACAUGGUA